ACGAGCGGAUUUGAGGAUGUUUAUGUUCACAUACGCCGUAAACAUAAAUUUGUUUUUCACUUCAGAAUCUUGUAUUUAAGCACAUACAGCACUGCUCCUAAACACACCAUCUCCGUCGAGCUUUCCGUUCACUCUGGGAUCAACGCAUAAUUUCGACAUGAAGACUGUCAUCGCUCUCCUUCUCUGCGCCCUGGUGGCUAGCGCCAUGGGAGGUUACCUUCUUGGAGGACGUGGCGUUGGAUAUGGCGGUUACGGCUACCCAUAUGGCGGAAUUGGUUACGGAGGUGUUGGCUACGGUUUGGGCUAUGGCGGCUAUGGUGGCUAUUAUCCUGGCUACGGAGCCGGCUAUGGCUAUGGCGGCUAUGGCGGUUAUUAUCCUGGCUACGGCGCUGGCUAUGGUGCCGGCUACGGCUACGGCUACCCAAGAAAGGGUUAGAAUGUUCGUUUUGGGUGCAUCUAAUAUUGCUUCUCGUAUCUAAUAAAGACGUGGUGAUCAAA